AAUACUCCGUAGAUUUGGUAGUAUUUGCAACAUUUUCAUUUGCAAUUCCAAUUGCAUCUUUAUCUUUAUAAUAAUAUGCGCGAAAUGUGGACUGUGUUGUGUACUGUAAACUGUAAAUAGAGUAUUUUAAACAUAAAUCUCGUAUUCAAUACCAAACUUACAAUAACUUGAUUAGGUACUUGAAUAAUUUCAGUUAUAUACUCUGCGGGGUUGCAUUGCAUAGCAAUAGCAUAUUCACCAAUAAUUAUAUUCAAUGCACUGCACAUGCGUACAACUUUAAUUUUUGUUGGUAUUUACUUAUCUUCACCAAAGUUAUUUAUCAGUGAACUAAUUCAUAGUAAAAUUGUGCCAGUGUAUAAUUUAUAAAAAGUUCAUAGUAGUAUUGCAAACAUAGUAAAUAAUAGUAAAAAUAGCUAAUGUUUACUAUUGUUGAGAACAAUAAUGGGCUUUGAUAUUAAAAGAUUUCAAGGUGACGUUGAUGAAGAACUAAUUUGUCCUAUAUGCUCAGGAGUUUUAGAAGAUCCGUUGCAGGCGCCAGCCUGUGAGCAUGCAUUUUGUCGUGCGUGUAUUACUGAAUGGAUAAGUCGGCAACCCACUUGUCCAGUGGAUCGCCAGGCGGUCACCGCAAGCCAGCUAAGACCUGUUCCAAGAAUACUACGCAACUUACUAUCCAGACUUUGUACAAGCUGUGAUAAUGCACCUCACGGUUGCAAUGCAGUUUUGAAACUGGACUCCUUAGCUUCACAUCUUGUUGAUUGUGAAUAUAACCCAAAAAGACUAAUGCCAUGUGAAGCGGGUUGCGGUCUUGUUAUACCGAAAGAUGAGCUGGCGGAGCACAAUUGUGUUAGAGAGCUGAGGGUAUUGAUUGCAUCGCAGCAAGGCAAGCUUACAGACUACCAGCAGGAACUUACAGAACAGAGACUUAUAAUAAAUGAACACAAAAGAGAGUUGGCAUUGCUAAAAGAGUUCAUGCGCGCGAUGCGUGUGUCGAACCCGGCGAUGCGCGCGCUAGCUGACCAGAUGGAGCGGGAGGAGGUGGUGCGCUGGGCGAGCUCAUUGGCCCGCGCUCGCGUUACGCGCUGGGGUGGUAUGAUAUCAACACCUGAUGACGUCCUGCAGGUGAUGAUGAUUAAGAGAAGUUUAUCGGAAUCAGGCUGCCCCUCUCAUAUAAUAGAUGACCUAAUGGAGAACUGCCAUGAACGGAGAUGGCCACCUGGUCUUUCAUCUUUAGAAACUAGACAAAAUAAUAGGAGAUUGUAUGAGAAAUACGUGUGCAAAAGAGUACCGGGUAAGCAGGCGGUGCUCGUGCUGCAGUGCGAUAAUACACACGUUGACGAGCACAUGAUGGUGGAGCCCGGACUCGUCAUGAUAUUUGCCCAUGGCAUCGAAUAAUAUCUUUACAAAUAGUGACAAAAUGGACUGAAGAUUGAAUCGUUCAAAACGUAAAAUGUAAAAUUUAUUGUGACUCUCACACAUAUGCCAUUUACAACAUUGUCAAUAUAUUUUUACUUACAACUUUGUGCUUACAACCUAAACCGCGUGCAUGACAUGAAAAGCGGAAGACACACCGCAACACUAGAAGUCAUUGACAAGUUCGCAAACAUAGUGUGUACUGUCCUUUAUCUCCAUGGUAGAAUUCCUGUGAUUUGGUACUAUUGGAUAAAAAUGUAUAUAACGUUAAUAUCCAUAGUAAAAGUAAAUUAUUGCUAUUUUGGAUUUAGGUUUCAGGGUGAUGCAAUUGUGGCAUGAUAUUGUAUACAAUAGAGUACUACAUUGUUCAUAUAACUGCAGUGGUACUUAUAUUGACACAUUGUUUUUCUUGUUUUCUCAAAGAGAAUGUAAGGUAUGGCAAUAUGUGCCAAAACAAGAGUUGCUGUACCCAAAACCCUGCAGUUAAAUUAUGUUUAAUUAUUUGUGUUAGUUUCUUUGCAUUUGCUUAGACUAACAUUCCUAAAUUUUUGUACACAUAAAUUACAAAUGCAAGUGUUUACUUAACUGAAUUUAAGCAAUAUUAGAGGUGCGAGGUAAGUUACAAUAAAGUGUGUUAGUUCCAAGUUUGUAUUCAUAAUAAAGUUGCGAUAAUUGUGAGAAAAUUGUAUGAAUUUUCAGGAAGCAUUAACGAAAAUUUUGCUAAGUCAAUGCUUAUAAUAAUUAGAUCUAAUAAAGAUAUAACUAUCUGUUUUCUUUUAUAACGUUUCGGAAAUGUGACAAAUAUAUUUUGGUUAUUGAAGAGAAACAUGGUGACUACUUUUUUAUUGCGAUGAGGACAAAAGACGUGUAAAUGUUUUAGAGUAACAACAUUUUCGUAUUUUACUUAUGUGAUAUUUACUCGAGGUUUUUCUCGUUUAUAAAUUUCGAAUUGUCAAAAAAAUAAUAUAUUUUAGCUCAAUUUGGAAAAUAAAAAUGUUUUUAAUGA